AUGCUUCAAAAAACAUUUUCGUUAAAUCGAUCAAUUUUUUCUGUAAAAUCAUUUUCUUGUAUUAAAAAAUACUCCACUGCAGCAAAUCAGCAACAAAAACCUUCCGCUUUUAUGGUAUUUAAUCGAGAAACGAAAAGAAUCCAGAGAGAUCGUUCUUCAAUAGAUAUUGAAGAAAGUAGGAAAGUCGAUUAUCUUAAAGAUGAAAUCGCUUAUCGAAUGGUUGAUAGAUUGUUGGAUAUCAAAAGAAAAUUUAAUACAAUCGUUGAUUUGGGAAGUGGAUGUGGUCAUAUAAUCAAACAUGUUGAUAAAGACGUAAUGAAAAAGUUAAUUAUGUGUGAUAUAUCAUCAAAAAUGUUGGAAAGAGAUAAAGAUAUUAAUUAUGAAGUUGAUGUUGAAAGAAUUGUUGUGGAUGAAGAGUUAUUACCUUUUGAUGAUAAUUCUUUAGAAGCAGUUUUAAGUAAUCUUUCUUUACAUUGGGUUAAUGAUUUACCUGGUGCUAUGAUACAAAUUCGAAAAUCUUUAAAACCUGAUGGUGUAUUUAUUGCAUCAAUUUUGGGUGGUGAUACAUUAUUUGAACUUAGAACAUCGUUUCAACUUGCCGAAUCGGAAAGAGAAGGUGGAAUUUCACCAAGAGUAUCCCCGAUGACCAAUACACGAGACAUUGGUAGUUUGUUAUCUCGUGCUGGAUUCAAUUUGACUACUAUUGAUACUGAUGAUAUUGUCGUAAAUUAUCCUAGCAUGUUUGAGCUGAUUCAAGAUUUAAGAUCAAUGGGCGAAAGUAAUGCCGUAUUGACAAGGAGACCAUUUCUUAAAAGAGAUACAUUAUUGUCCGCUUCAGCAAUUUACAAAGAGCUUUAUGGAAACCCUGACGGAUCAGUUCCGGCAACUUUUCAGAUUAUUUAUAUGAUUGGAUGGAAACCCGAUGUUUCACAACCAAAACCUUUAUCUAGAGGAUCAGGUCAAGUAUCAUUAAAGGAAACAUUAAAAGGUGGUGAUGGUAAAAGUAAUAAAAGUAAUGAUAAUUAA